AUGUCUUUUUCACAUCAGCAACAGGUGGUCCAGGCGGUGGAGAGGGCCAAGCAGGUCACGAUGGCUGAACUUAAUGCCAUCAUCGGGCAGCAGCAGCUCCAGCACCUGUCUCACCACGCCCCUGGCAUCCCCCUGACACCUCACCCAUCAGGCCUGUCCCUGGGUGCGGGGGGCUCAGGGCUUCUGGCUCUGACUGGGGCUCUGGGAGUGUCAGCCCACCUCGCCUCCAAAGAUGAACGCAAUCAUCUUGAUCCAGAACAUCUCAGAGAGGGAGCACCCAGCAGGAGUAAGUCAGUGUCAUCAACAGACAGUCAGCCAAAUGAGGAGCGCCAGGGCCCAUCUGGAGGGUACACCUCCUCGCAAGGAGGAGCCGAGGCCAAGAGGAGGCGCUGUGAUGACAAAGAACCUCUCCCACCACACUCUUAUGACAGUGAUGGAGAGAAGAGUGAAGACAACCUGGUUGUUGACGUCUCCAAUGAAGAGCCUAACAGUCCUGCGGGCAGCCCUCCUCACUCCCCACACGGGAACGGGUUAGACCGGGCCCCCACCCUUCGGAAAGAGCUACCGGGCUCCUCGGGUGCAGGAGAGGCCCCUUCAACCCCCAACCCCCGCAGCCCGACUCCAGGGAAGGCCAAGGACCCUGCACAGGUAAGAUAA